AACAUGGAGGAACAACAGACUCGCGAUGGUUGGAAUCUUCUUUCUGAUGAACCAUUUCUUGAACCUCAAUCUCAAUCUGAAUCUCCAUGAAGAAGCGAAUCUGGAGAAUCUCACUGAUUUCCCAAAUCUCUGAUCUUCUCUGCCUUUCUCGUGGGUCUUCUUCAACCUUGAAGACUCUGACCCCCUUCUGCUUCACCCUCUUCAGGUCUCCUAUACACCCUCCCUUCAAAUCCGGUGGUGAAACUUCGGCUUUGAAAACCCAAUUGUUGCGCUUCUGUAAUGAUUCCGAUAAAGUUGCCUCUGUUUUGGAGAGAAACAACAUCCAAGGAGCUGCGUUUGUUGAGCUCCUUAGGCAGUUACGUCCAUGGCCCGUUUUGUCUCAAUUGGUCUUCGACUGGAGAAGAAACAAGGCACUAUGCGAUGGUGUGCCUAUGACUGCUGAUGAAUACGCUAAGGGCAUUACAAUUUCUGGUAGACUGAAGAAUGUCGAUUUGGCUCUUUCCUUGUUUAACGAGUCCGCAAACAAGACCACCUCCGUCUACAAUGCUUUGAUGGGUGCUUACAUGUGGAACGGUUUGGCAGAUGAUUGCAAGCAGCUCUUCCUUGACUUCAAUGCUCAACAAGAAGGGCACUCCUCUACUCCAUCUGUCUCUACUUACAACAUCCUCAUUUCUCUUUAUGGCCGUUUGAUUAUGGUUGAUCGAAUGGAAGCAGUAUUCCUCCAGCUCACACAACUCAAUUUCCAACCUGAUUCCAGCACCUACAACAACUUGAUUGCUGGCUAUAUCUAUGCUUGGAAUUGGGAUAAGAUGGAAGCAACUUUCCACACCAUGAAGAAUGGCCUUGUUAAGCCUACGCUUGCCACCUAUUUGCUGAUGCUCCGAGGGUAUGCAAACUCAGGAAACCUGCUACGGAUGGAGGACUUGUAUCAAGCUGUCAAACCUCACGUUGACAGGAAUGAGAUUACGUUAAUCGAGUCCAUGAUAUGCGCAUACUACAGGAGUUCUCACAAGGAUAGGAUCAGAAAAAUCAAGACUUUAUCCAAGCUUAUUCCCAAGAAAAGUUACAAGCCUUGGUUGUAUGUGCUCUUGAUACAGGUCUAUGCUCAGGAUGAUAAUCUACACGCCAUGGAGAAUUUCAUAGACCAGGCUAUUUCAAAAGGACUCCAGAUUGAGACAGAUGGUAUUAUGAGAUCAAUUGUGGCUAGUUACUUCAGGUGCAAUGCGGUUGAUAAGCUUGCCAAAUUCAUGCAGCGUGCAAACUCUGCUGGAUGGAAAAUGAGCAGGUCUAUGUUCCAUGGCUUAAUGGUCAUGUAUGGAUCUCAAAAGCGUUUUAAAGAGAUGGAAAACGUCCUCUCUGAAAUGGAAAGAUUUAACAUAAGCCGGUCCAAGAAGACGCUUUGCAUUCUGCAUAGAGUAUACGCAGCAGCGCAUGGACAGGAACAUAAGGUCAAUCAAAUCACAGGAAUGAUGUUAAAGCAUGGACAUGACCUUUGGAGACGUGAGGACUUCCCUUGGUCAUGAACGAUGCAGCAAUUUUCAGAAACUCAUGGUUGACUUCACAUAGCUUAGUUGGGGCAGUAUAAUGAUGGACUAUAAUAGUGAACCGAUAAGAAUCGGCAGUAGAGUAAAAGAGUUAUGGGAAA